AUGGAGAGGCUUCUCACAGGCAACUCCACUGAGCAGACAUGGUGCACCCUGACAAGCUACGGCACUGGCUGGGGCAAGCACCAGCUAUGCAGCCUUACCAGCUUCAUCAAGCCAGAUGGCUACUGCACAUUCUGGUCGUUUGGAACCAGCACGGACGCAUCCUUUGAUGUCGACCUGAUUGCCAAGCACAACUGCCACGGCAUGGCCCUGGACCCGUCUGUGUCUUACCCGACCAACCUGCUCGGGGACAAGGCGGUGUUCAUGCAAAUGGGCGCCAAGCUGAAAGAGUCUGCCACCUAUCUGCCUUCCCCGGGAGCCUGGUUCCUGGCAAAUGUCCCCCUGCUCGCGAAGGCGCUUUCCAUAGAGAGGCUGCAAGUGCUCAAGAUGGAUUGUGAGGGGUGUGAGUAUUCCCUGGCCGAUGACAUCAUCAAGCAUGACGAGCUCUUCCUUGACAAGGUGGAUCAGUUUGCUAUCGAGGUGCACACCAGCGCGCUGAUUGCCAAGACCAGGGACCAUGCUCUGGCUCUGGGGCGUCUGUAUCAUCUUCUGCAGGAGGCUGGACUCGAGUUGGUGCAUGCAGCUGUACAGUACUGCAAUGACGAGCAUGCUGCAUAUGGGCACCAGGCCGAGUUUGUGGCUGUGGGAUAUCCCCAUUCCAGGAAUGACUACUGCCAGAACCUCCUCUUUGCCAAAAGGAACAAAGCCUGA